UGAGACACACACAUACACAGUCUAGAGAAUCCUGUACUGUCUACUGUCUGAGUUCAGCAGUCAUGGAAUGGGGUAGCAUGGUAAGAUUCUGGCUGCCGGGGAGAAUUCAUUUCCAUGGAGGAAGUUCAGAGUACCUUUGAGAAUUUAGGGCUUCAUAUCAGGACUGUCCCUGGGAACUUUUCUUUUUUAAAUGCUCAUCUAACAGCAAGAAGGAUUUUACAGUGGAAGUUGGUGAUAAUCUCCCAUUUGAUUUGAAAUAAUUUUUUUUAUUUAUUUAUUUUUUUAAUCCAAAAUGGCAAAGUAUCACCUUUUGCACUUAAGCCCGUGUGCAUUACGGAGAAAUCAUUUGGAACAGGCAAGGUCCCCUGAAGAUAAUACUGAUUUGUUUGAAAUGAUUGAAAAGAUGCAGGGCUGCAGAAUGGAUGAACAAAGAUGUACUCUCCCACCUACACUUAAGACUGAAGACGACUACAUACCUUACCCCAGUGUGCAUGAGGUCCUGGCCCGCACAACCCCGUUUCCCCUCAUUCUCCUGCCCCAGUUUGGGGGUUACUGGAUCGAAGGGACCAACCAUGACUUAAACAGCCCUCCCGAGACAGAGCAGCUGCUGUCCCCGACCGCUCGCAUCAAGCUGGAGUGCAACACCACCGCCAAGUUGUUUAGGAAGCACUUUCUCGGCAAGGAGCAUUUUAAUUACUACUCCACAGACAGCACCCUGGGACACCUGGUCUUCUCAAUGAAGUACGAUGUGAUCGGGGACCAGGAGCACCUGCGUCUGCUCCUGCGAACUAAACUGAAAACGUACCACGAUGUCAUUCCAAUAUCCUGCCUCACUGAGUUUCCCAAUGUUGUACAAAUGGCUAAGCUCAUUUGUGAAGACGUGAAUGUCGACAGAUUUUAUCCUGUCUUGUACCCCAAGGCUUCACGACUGAUUGUUACUUUUGAUGAGCAUGUCAUCAGCAACAACUUCAAGUUCGGAGUCAUCUAUCAGAAAUUUGGGCAGACAAGUGAAGAGGAGCUCUUUGGAAAUAAUGAGGAGAGUCCGGCCUUCGUCGAGUUCCUGGAGCUGCUGGGGCAGAAGAUUGAACUCCAUGAUUUCAAAGGUUUUCGUGGGGGUCUGGACGUGGCACAUGGGCAGACUGGCACAGAGUCUGUGUACUACAACUUCAGAAACAAGGAGAUCAUGUUCCACGUGUCGACCAAGCUUCCCUACACUGAGGGAGACACGCAGCAGCUGCAGAGGAAGAGGCACAUAGGAAAUGACAUUGUGGCCAUAGUGUUCCAGGAUGAGAGCACGCCAUUCGUGCCGGACAUGAUCGCGUCCAACUUCCUGCACGCCUACGUCGUGGUACAGGUGGUGAACCCCUGCUCCGAGAACACGCUCUAUAAGGUGUCUGUAACCGCCCGAGACGAUGUGCCUUUCUUUGGACCUGCAUUACCAAACCCGGCCAUUUUCAAAAAGGGGCCAGAGUUCCACGAGUUCUUGCUGACGAAGCUCAUCAAUGCAGAGUACGCUUGCUACAAAGCUGAGAAGUUUGCAAAGCUGGAGGAGCGCACGCGCACCGCCCUUCUUGAGACCCUAUACGAAGAAAUGCACAUCAACAGUCAGUCAAUGAUGGGCAUCGGGGGAGAGGACGACAAGAUGGAGAACGGGGCAGCAGGGGGAGGGGGCUUCUUCGAGUCCUUCAAGCGGGUGAUCCGUAGUAGAAGCCAGUCAAUGGAUGCCAUGGGCCUCAGUAACAAGAAGCAAAACACAGUCUGCACUAGUCACAGCGGGAGCUUUGCCCACAGUGCACCCGAGACCCCCAAAUCACCUGGGAUAUCAUUGCUUGUGCCAGGGAAAAGCCCCAGUAAAUACGGACGCCGCGGCAGUGCCAUUGGCAUAGGAACUAUAGAAGAGUCGUUGAUUAUCCCGGGGAAGAGUCCAACCAGGAAGAAGUCUGGUCCCUUCAGCUCUCGCCGGAGCAGCGCCAUUGGGAUUGAAAACAUCCAAGAGGUGCAGGAGAGGAGCAGGGAAUGUUCCCAGAGUACCCAGAAGGCAGCGGACAGUGGUCACAUAUCCCAGGAACCCAAGUCGGAUUCAUCCAAUCAGAGUUCACCUGAGAUGCCCACAACCAAGAACAGCUAUUCUGUGUAUUGCAGAGCUGCCUCCAUCCCUGAGGCCAAUGACCUGUCUCGCUCCUCAUCCAACGCUAGCAGCUUCGCCAGUGUGGUGGAGGAGAACGAAGUCCUUGAGGAAUACGACACUGGAAUGGAGAGCCUGUCUUCCGCUGGGACCCCUCACAAACGGGACUCCUUCACCUAUAGCCCCUGGCUCGAGGACAGUGUCAGCGCAGCCAGCGGAGGGAACUCACCAGUGCCAGCGCGCUGCCCCCAGCCGGACUCGGGGAAGCCAGCAGAGCCCUCAAGACCCGAGAUCCGGAUCAAACUUGAGAAGCCCCAUGAGCAGACGUCAUCGCAUUCCCAUAAGAAACACAAAAUCAAGGAGCUGAGACGAGCACGGAUGUUUGCCACGACAGACGACGGCAGCCAGCCGCCUGGGUUCUGAAGCGCUACAACCAUCACUGCGAUAUGAGUAUGACGUGCAUCCUCUGGGUCACACAGCAAAGGUGCCAGGAGGCCCAGGACUCUGUGUAACUAGAAUCCUCAUUCCACUGACCACGUGACAUACCACAUUCCCAGCAGCCCUUGCAGACUCUGCCAAGGGGCCCGCCUCGAAUCAAGAAGGACCUGAUUUGCACUGUGUUCAUGGUUGUUUGUUGUUUGUUUAUUUAUUUAUUUAAACGAUACUGUAUUUGACCACAAGCGACAGUUUUUACAAGUCUGAAUUGCUUACUCUUUCUAGGUUAAAACUAUUGCAGCUAUAAGGAAACUCACUUUCAGAGUAUCAUACAAUGGUCAGGUACCUUUCAAAUUGCAUUGGAGGGCCCUUUUAUGUAAAGCAAUUUACAUGUUAGAAAGUUUUAUCCUGAGUUGCUAAGGCUGCUUACAAGGGGAAAGGAUCUAUUAAAAAAAAAAAAAAAAAAAAAAAAAAAAAAAAUAGAAAAAUACAUUUCACAGAAAUUAAUCUAAACAGCAAUGGAGCUAAAUACCAUGAAAUAGCAGCUUCCCAGCAUUUUCAAUGUUCUUAUAGACACUGAAGAAAGAGGUUUUAAAAUAGUUGUCCUCUCUUAUUUGACAUAACAGCGUUGGUAACCCUUUCUUAAACUGAUUUCAAAACCUUGGUUAGCAGUGAUGAGCUCAACAGUUUCCAUUGUAUUGAUGCGUCUGUGUGAGAAUGGAAUGAGCUUACCUAUGCCAUCGUGGCUCCACUGCUCUGAUUUCAGAGUUGAUCAGCAGCUACAAACCAGGUGAGAUUAGACAGUCAGGAAUUAGGGGGCAGUUUCCUAAACUCAUGAUUCACUUUGAAGACGUGGAGCCAUUGGGAGAGUAGAUGUCAUUGUGUCCCAGCUUGUCCUUCAUUGGGAGAGUAGAUGCCAUUGUGUCCCAGCUUGUCCUUCAUUGGGAGAGUAGAUGCCAUUGCGUCCCUGCUUGUCCUUUACUGGGAAAGUAGACGCCAUUGUGUCCCAGCUUGUCCCUCAUUGAGAGGGUCAUCUUCAGUCCAACCAUGCCUGAAAGAGACUAGGAACGGGGAUCUUUAAAUGUAACUCCAUCUGUGCUUCACAAAUCAACCAAUAGUGACAGAAAAAUUGAUUGAACUACGAUUUCUCACUGUAGAUCGGGGAUUGCAAGCCUCACACACUAAACAAGAUAUCUUGUCGCAGACUGCGCCUAUUUUCAUUGCAGAAUCGUAGACAUCAUUCGGGAGAAUCGUGGACUCAAGCGAGGAGGCGAUCACUGUUGUCUGCAUUGUUUUGCACAGAAAAAAAGAAGAAAACGCGGAUUAGAUCCAUUUGAACGCGCAAUUGGCUUAAUAGACGUGGCCAAUACGGACUGAUGAUGAAACGAGUCGAGGUGCAACCAAAAUAAAAAAAUCGAAUCUGUUCAAAAAGCGCAACACUCGCUCGUAGUACAAAAUAUUUUAGAUUAAAAGAUUGGCGUGGGAGAUUGACCGUCAAGCGAUCUUUAUCAGAAUACCAAAUUCUAAUGAAUAAUUUAAAGACUUUUAAACUAAUACAUAUUUUUUACUACGAGCGUGUGUUACGCUUUUGAACACAACUUUAAUAGUAGGCUACUACACGUUUGUUAUAGGUUUAAAUAAGCAACAACGUAAUCUGCAUUCUCUAUCCUCCCCCUCCCUUGUAUUGUGAAUAAAUUAUAAAUACAAGCAUACAGUAGGGGGGUUGAAAGGGAUAUCGAAUACGCGUGACUGCAGAAAUUGAUUGCCGGGAGAGCACACUAUCACACGCAGUAUCUGUUUCAGUGUUAACAAGUUAUAACAAUUAUUUACUUACCAGGUACCUUCAAUGAGCGAUCAUGACAGGAAAUGUCACAUAUGUCA